AUGCUCCGAUCCGCUCUCAGAACAACCCUCCCCUCCCCCCGGCCCGCCCUCGCCCUCCGCUCCAUCUCCAAAGAAAUGGGCCCCGUCGAACCCACCAAACUCACCCCAGACAUGCAACCCUCCAUCCCCCAAUCCAACCAACACGAAGCCCGCACCCUCCAAGCACCCAACCGCACCACCACUUGGUCAUCCAGCCAAAUCGAGCGCUCACAAGCUAUGAAGGGACCCAGGUUCGAACAAACCGAUUUCGCGUUGCAGCCUACGCCGUAUGCGGCUGUCGAGUUGAUUAAGGAGGAGCCGGUUAGGUUUUUGGAGAAGAGGGUUGCGAGGUGUGAUGGUGGGGGUGGGCCGAGGGGGCAUCCUGCUAUUUACAUUAAUCUUGAUAGAUCGGGACCUCAGGCUUGUUCGUACUGCGGUGUCCGUUACGAGAUGAAGCACCACGAUGACCACACGCACUCCCUUAACUUCAUCCAGGGACAGUAA